AACCAUUCGAAGGAAUACCAACUAAAGAAUAUGUUGUUCUACGCGAUUGUUAGUGCAAUUAGUGUUGCAGUAAUAGGAUUAUCCGCAACUGAAGAAUCUACGCUUCCUGUAACUACCUGCAAGCGAGAUUCAGAUGAUUAUUCUGCUUGUUUAAAACGCGCUGUAGAAAAAGCAUGGCCACGAUUUAUGGCAGGACUACCAGAAUUUGACUUUCCACCUUUGGAUCCAUUAGUUUACAAAUAUGGUAGAGUGAAUCUUAAUUCUGCUGAGAUACGAGGAGAAUUAAUUAUAUCAAAUCUCACUUCUGCUGGGGUAUCAAAAACUCGUAUUUUUGAUGUAAAAGCGUAUUUUCUUCAUGACGUUUUCCAUUUAGAAAUUGACACACUAAUACCAAGAGCGUUUUUAAAAGGUGCCGUAAAAAUAAAUGGCUCUGUAAAUAUAUUCAGAGUUGUUAAUGAAGGUACAAUAAUUCUAUAUAACCAGUUGCAUAACAGACAACGUUAUAUAUUUUAA